GGCAGCCAUAUAUCUACAUAUCAUGGCGUAUCAGUAGCGAAUUGGUCACUCCAAUUAAAUCUCGCCAGGUGAAAAGCAGAACUUAAGCCGCGCGUUAUCAAAGCCCAGGAGCAAGCCAUUGCACUCAUUUACUCAAUCACCAAUCAUGGGCAGCCUCAGGGGUUCUCCGGCCAUCCCAAUGGUGGACGUCAGCGCAUUUUUUGACCCCAAUGCUUCGGAGGAGGCACGCCGGGCCGUUGUCGAUGGCGUAUGCAGGCCCAGGACCAUCGCCAGUUCGGAGGUGAGUUUUACGAAGGCCGGAUUGGUGGAGCGAAUGAGAAAUGUGCAUGUUGCUUACCCUCGCCUCCCCAGUCGCCGACCACACCGACUUUGGACAUGGGUCGCCGUCCCUGUGGUUGAAGACGCAUUCGUGAUCAACAUGGGCAACAUGAUGCAAAAAUACACGGGCGGCUACUACCGCAGCGCCCGGCACCGCGUCCUGACCAACAGAGACAAGCACCGCCACAGCGUCGCUUUCUUCCUCAACGGGAAUCUCAAACUCAUCGCGAAGGCCCUGGACGGGUCGGGGGUCGAGACAGUGGUGGGGGAGCACAUCUGUAGCCGGCUGAUUGACGCCAUGGGUGCUACCGGCAAGUUGCUUCAGCGACGGGUUGCGACUGCAUAG